AUGGCGGAAACAGGUCAGACCACUUCCAAACCGGAACAUCUCGAGCCCUCCAAGCUUGGGACCAAGGAAUACUGGGAUGCACUCUACGAUACCGAGAUCACCAACCACGAAACCAAUCCGUCCGACAUCGGCACGGUUUGGUUCGACGACUCAGACGCCGAGGCCAAGAUGGUAUCCUUCCUAAACACAAAAUGUGCAGACCUCGGCCUCGACAGGGACUCCACCUCCUUUGUUGACCUCGGAACCGGCAAUGGCAGCAUGCUUCACGCGCUCCGAAGGGCCGGCUGGGCCGGUCCUUGCCUGGGAGUUGACUACAGCCCCGCGGCGGUCGCCCUAGCCCAGAAGGUCGCCGCGUCGACGACUUACUCGGAAGCCAGCGACGACGAUGAUGAGGACGACGAGGAGGUUCAAAAAGAAUCAAACAAGAGGGAACCAAGCAACAACCCCAUAUCAUUUGCCCAGUGGGACGUCCUCGACGGGCCUCUCGACCCGGACGUGGCCGCCACCCCGCGAAGGGGGUCCUGGGACGUCGUGCUGGACAAGGGCACCUUUGACGCCGUGUGCCUGAGCGCCGACGUCGACGCCGCCACGGGCCGACGUCGCAGCGAGGACUACCGCGCCCGCGUGCUCGAGCUCCUGCGCCCGGGUGAUGGCGGCGUCUUUUUGGUCACGAGUUGCAAUUGGACAGAGGAGGAGCUGAGGGCCUGGUUCGAGGGGGAAGCCGGCGAGGGCGCGGCGCGUCUAGUUUACGCGGGUCAGGUCCAUUACCGGUCUUUUAGCUUUGGGGGCGUCAAGGGCCAGACCAUUAGUACGGUCUGCUUUGUAAAGAAGGAUUCCACGUCCUGAACCAAUAGAGUUGUGCUGUGU